AGGAACCAACUCUGUUUCUCUCUCUCUCUGGCUAAACAAUUCAUGAAUCGAUAAUAAUCACGCAUCAUAACCAACUUCUUCUUCAGCAUCAUCAUCAAUGUACAAUUUCCAUUAACCUCAUCUUCCUGGCCUAUCUUUCAAAAGUUUACAACCCAUUUCCCCCUAACUUCUUUCUAAUUUUCUGUUACUUUUUUUUCCCGGGAAAUUUUAUCUCUUCUUUUUUGUUUCUCUGUCAUGAUCAUUACUUGUUAGGUUUCGUUGGCGCCGAUCUCGUUCGUUUUCCCUUUUUCUUUCCUUCUCCCCAUCGCAGACCUAAGUAAACCCUAGAAUCUCGUCUUCACUUUUACUAAGGUUUUAAUCAUCCAAAAACUAUGUCUAGGGUUUACUGGGUCAAGUUUUAGAAUCGCUCCUUGUCUUCUCUAAUCAUAUGGCGUACUCGUACUCUCCUUUUGGUGAUACAACCUUCACCAAGGUCUUCGUUGGUGGCCUUGCCUGGGAGACUCAGAGCGAGACUCUUCUUCGCCAUUUCGAACCCUAUGGUGAGAUCCUUGAGGCGGUCGUUAUUUACGACAAGAGCACUGGUCGAUCCAAAGGUUACGGCUUUGUGACUUUCCGAGAUCCAGAGGCUGCUAGGAGAGCAUGUGUUGACCCAGCACCUAUUAUAGAUGGCAGACGUGCAAAUUGUAAUCUAGCUUCCCUUGGCAGACCUCGCCUUCCCAUGCAAUAUUCUGUGAUACCUGGACGGAUGAGACCUGCUUCCCCAUAUGUUGGAAGACAUCCGUAUCAGCAACCACCUGCUUAUAGCUACCAGCAAGGAGUUAUGUACCCUUAUGGGGCUACACCAUAUGGACCUGAGUACAUUUAUUCUCAGUCUCAUGGCUUGUAUGGUCCUUACAUUGGGCAACAACAGUACCUUCAGGUUUAUGGAGUACCUGGGGCUGUUAACUCACCUGGCUACCAAUACGGGCAAUUGAGUCAAAACAUCCCCGCUGGUCACAAUUAUACAGCGGUACAGGGCUAUUCAGUUCCAGGAAGUCAUAUUCAAUCUCCCUACCCUUCAGUUAUAGCAGGUCCUUCCCCAACACAAUCCCAUAUCAUUGUUCAGACUCCUCAACAUAUGCAAAGAAGCGGUUCUGAUCAAACAACAGGGUGAAAACUAUACAUAAAAGAAUCGUAAUCUGAUUCUUUUGAACUAGUCUUGCUACUAGACACUUUCUAAGGCACAGGACUGCUGAUAAGAAGAUUGCUACUUGUGUAGCUUUCUACGCCCUCUUGAGUCGAGUCCUCUGCAUUGUAAAUAAAAUUAAUGUCUACUGAGCUUACUUACUUGUUGUCUCUGCAUAUAUAUUUAGCUCCAGGGGCUGGCUCUUGUCUUUCCAUAUCUGUACAGAACAGUUCCUAGACUGAGAAAUUGUUAUUUCAGAAAUCAUUCCUUUA